UAAAAUCGCUUGUGUGUAAUGAAUAAUAAUAUAUAUCAUAUAAUAAUCAUAUAAAUCAUAUAUAAAUCAUAAAAUAAUUCUAAGUAAUUAUCAUUAAAGCCAGACAAUUUUAUUGUUAAAUAUUUUUUUGCUAUAUAGUGAUCUUUAAUUUGGAGGAAGAGAAACUGGGGGAGUGACUUUAUUGCGUUGGAUGUGUCAGUGUCAGUUUGCUCACAUCUGAUUGGCUUUGAGAUCUCUAAACCAGAACAUAACCUGCCCAGGAGCAGGUUAGCUGUGUGUAAGGAUGAGUCGGCAGAGCGGGGAUCCAUUUGCAGCUUUAUUAAGAACAGUAUUUACACAGGUAGACAGGGGCAAAGGCAGGAACAUAAACAAGGACAGGCAAUGGUCGAGGCAGGCGGCAGACAAACAGUUUCGGGUCACAGGCAGAGAUCAGGGCAGGCGGCAAACAAACACAGUCCAGUACACAGGCAAGGUUCAGGGCAGGCAGCAGAGAAUCACAAAGAAUAAACAAUCCGACGGAAACCAGGAAACAGUCCACAAGAAAACGCUUAGUAAUGAUCACCGGGGCAAAUCAAGACUUCGCGGUGAGAGAGUGUGUGUGUGUGUGACUUAAAUAGUCCAGGUAAUCAUCUGCAGGUGUGUGUGGCAAUUGGUGAUUGGUGUGGAGUGUGCAUGUGGUUGGAAGGGAGGAUUAUGGGAAAUGAAGUCCAGGAACUGACAGGAACAGACGGUGAUCGUGACACUGUGAAGCGUAAGUUACUAUGGUGAUGAACGCCGCUAAAAGCCAAGUCAUGAUACCUAAAACCCAGGAUUGGCGCAAACUAAUCUAAAACCUACCUGGCUAACCAGCUAAUCCGGCUUCGUGGUACAGGCCCCUGGUGAGCACAAAAGAUUAUUAUUAUUUUAAAAACAUAAAAAAAAAAAACGAUCCAAACCUUCUGAACAAUGGUUUUAGUACUAAUAUUUCAGCAUUAAAAAAAAUGCUAAAGAAGUACUACUUUUUGAUGAUUCAUGGUGAUCCACAGUAAGCAGUAACCAAAGAGAGACAUUGUAUUCUGUAGAACUCAUCAUCAUCUCUCAUCAUUCCACAUUAGUGGAAUUACUGGACAGGUGAUGACAGUGCAGGCUGCUUGUUUGGGAACAAAGCUGAAAUUGUCUGUCUCCUGUGCCAAACGAUGAAUUGUAGACCCAGGUUGUGACAUGAGAUGAACCCAAAACAGUUGGCAGCAGUGACUAUUUAGCAGUCUGUGGAGGCAUUUCCUAAAUAGAAGUUAAUUUGAGAAUGAGGAACAAGUAUGCAGUCAUCAUUAUCUGCAUUGUGGCACUUGUCAUCAUUGAAAAAGAAAACAACAUUAUUUCAAGGGUCUCAGACAAGCUAACACUCCGACGAAGCCCACUGACGCCAGAGCCUCCAGUGCCCUACGAUGCUCUGGUAGUAAUGGAGGACAACAGUUCCUAUCCAGAGGGCAUUUAUUCUGAGAAUGGCACUCAGGCAGGUCGAAAGCACAUCCUCUUGAUGGCCACUACUCGUACAGGAUCUUCUUUUGUGGGCGAGUUCUUUAACCAACAGGGUGGCAACAUGUUUUACCUCUUUGAGCCACUCUGGCACGUGGAGAGGAUGCUAUCGAUUGGCACGAGUGGCACAAAUGCCAGCACUUCUGUUUGGGUGUACAGGGAUGUCCUGCAGCAUCUCUUCUUGUGUAACUUCUCCAUGUUGGAGCGCUUCAUUAGCCCUCCUCCAUGGGACCACGUCACCCCUGCCCUGUUCCGCAGAGAGUCCAGUAUGGCCUUGUGUGAGGAGCAAGUCUGCACUCCGGUUGUAAAAGACGUUUUUGAGAGGUACCACUGCAAGACAAGGCGUUGCGGACCGCUCAAUCUGACCUUGGCGUCUGAGGCCUGCCUAGGAAAACAGCACAGGGUGAUCAAAACAGUGAGGGUCCGGCAGCUAGACACACUUCGCUCUCUAGUAGAGGACCCUCGGUUGGAUAUCAAAUUCAUACAGUUGGUGAGAGACCCUCGAGCCAUCCUGGCAUCAAGGAUGGUGGCCUUUGCCGGUAAGUACCACAACUGGAAAAGUUGGGCUGUUAAUGGGGAUGUGCCUAUAGAGGAUGAGGAGGUCAAACGUCUCGAAGGAAACUGUAACAACAUCCGCAUCUCUGCCGAGUUGGGCUUGAGUCAGCCGAAAUGGCUGAAAAACCGUUAUAUGUUAGUACGUUACGAGGAUAUUGCCAGGAACCCCAUGCAGAAAGCAGCAGAAAUGUACAAUUUCACAGGGAUUCCGAUGACGACACAAGCACGGGACUGGAUCCUGAGGAACACACAUGCAUCAACGGAGGCAAGUGGUGUGUAUUCCACCCAAAAAAACUCAUCAGAACAGGUGGAGAAAUGGCGGCGUAGUAUACCAUUCAAACUGGCCCAAGUUGUACAGAAAGUUUGUGAACCGACCAUGAAACUCUUUGGGUACAGGUUUGUAGACAGUGAACAGAAACUAUUAAACAAAUCUUUUAGUUUGCUUGAAGAAAAACAUUUUAUUUAGUCAUAGAUUAUUUCCUUGAUGCAUUGUUAAAGGAAAACCAAGUGUGAAAUGUGAUGAGGUUUUUAUACUGUAUGUAGAUUAAAAUAUGCAUAGCAGAGACACACUGGCACACUGUAACACACUGGGACAUUGCUUACACUGAGGUACUUGUGGCAUCACCUGGCUUAUUUGAACAUAUACCCUCUUGGAAAAGCUAACUGAGAUUAUUGAUUUUAGAUGUCUCCAUUUGAAAAACAAAGUUUGAUGAGGACAAAAAACAUCCAUACUCAUAAGAUGAGACAUGAUCUGCCUGUGAAUGUGUGUAUAUUUGUGUGUGUCUGGAAACAACUUUUCCUUUUUUUCUGAAAAGAAACUAAAGGAUCAUUAUUUCACAAAAAGGGAAGCAAGUGGACAUCUUAUUUAUGUGUGGUCAUCAUUUUAAAUUGCUUGUUGACAUUAAAGCCCAAAUUUGGCUUUGUCAGAAUUGGUCAUCUCAUUAUUGCAGGAUGUUAAAAAUUCCAAAUGUAUCUGGAUAUUACCAGACCAAGACCAAACUAAGAAAAAAGGUCCUCUGUGUGAAGAGACAGUCAAUAUAAAAAGCAGCUUUUGACAGCCAGCUGUGAUCCUGGAGCACAACAGUGGCAUUAUUCACUCAAAAAGAAAAAAAAAAAGAAGCAGGUUUAGCAGAAUAGGCCGUUGUCCAUGCAGUUGACAUUUAAUUUAUUAUUUUUAUUUUUAUUUUUUGGUACUAUUUUUAAUAUUUUAAAAAUAAAACAAAAAUAGAAUAUGAGUAAAGGUUGGAAAAAAAAAUUACAAAGUAAAUGACAUUAAAACAAUCAUUCCUAAACAAAAUAAAAUGACUCAACUGUCAUUUCUAGCGCCAUUUCUAGACCAAAAUACUCUAUUUCAACAGCAAAAUACUAAGGGAGAACCAAAAUAUUCCAAGGGUAUUUGUUCUUUGGCCAUGCAGGCAUAGUAAACAAGUGAAAAGGCAGAAAAUGAAUUAAUAACCAUUUUCUUUAGGAACACCACUCUGCAACCUCUAGUCUUCUAUGAGUAUGAAUUAACGCUAGAAUUGGAAAAGCAUAGCAUUCUUAAAAUAGUUCAUCGCCAUUUAGUUUCAACUAAAGCCAAAAGCUAUUUCAAACAUCACAUACGUUAUAUUGGUAACACCGUACAAUAAGGUUUCAUUAGUUAACAUUAACUACUUAAUUUUUUAUUUGUAGGACAGGACAUAAUAAGACAAAAUAUAGGAGGACAACACUGUAAAUACAAAACCAACCUAACAACAAACAAGAAGAGAAAACAAAUAAACAAGAAAGUAUAGGUUUUGUGAGUGAUUAUGUGAAGUGUAGGUGCUAGGUUGUUGUGCAUGUGUUUAUCUCCAUCUUGUAUAUAUCAAUAUAUAUGUAAAGCAGAGUGUUUGAAGAAGGAGAAGGAGAGAGAGAGAGAGAGAGAAGAAAGAAGAGGGGAAUAAAUAAAUAAUACAUCUAAGAGGUAGUAAUAAUAAUAAUAAUAAUAAUAAAGGGGUAGGGGGGGCAGCAUGGCUGACUCAGUCAGGACACAGUAUUUCGAUGUAGACUGAGACUGAUAUAUGUAUUUGGAUUUGGUUUGUGGUUCGCCCACUUACUUUCCCAGGGAGAGCUGGCCCAUUACACAAUCUCCUUCAAGACUUCUCCCAAACCCCGAGGGGGAAGUCAGUUUAUUAGGUUAGUCUGUAGUUAACUACUUUAGUUAACAUGAACUCAAAAGGAACAAUACUUCUUACAGCAUUUAUUAAUAUUAGUUCAUGUUAUUUUCAACAUUUACUAAUACAUUAUUAAAAUCAAAAGUUUGUUAUCAUUAUUUAAUGCACUGUGAACUAACAUGAACAAAGAAUGAAGGACUGUAUUUUUAUUAACUAACACUAACAAAGAUUAAAUAAUUGGGGUAAUAAAUGUAUUGCUCAUUGUUAGUUCAUGUUAGGUAAUACAUUAAAUAAUUUUAACAAAUGAGAACUUAUUGUAAAGUGUUACCAUUUUAUUUUUUGAAUGACCAUUUGUGAAUUAUUGUUAGGAAACAUAUGGAGUCUUACAUAUGACAGCAUGACAAAAAUAUGAACCAAAUGGACAAUGGACAUUCUUAAAAUAUGAGUAAGAGCUUGGAAACAGUGAUGUUUUCUCUGCACACUUAACUCUUAUCUUAACACAGAUUUACUGAGAACCAAAUAUCCACAUCAUCCUUAAACUAUUUCCUGACCUUUCCUGGCCAUGGAAAGCUAAGCCAAAGCUUAGAUGUCUGCAUUAGUAAUGCAGUAGUUCUUUGAAAAGAGUUACAGUAGUAUCUUUAUGCUCUGAGCUUUAUUUACACUGCAAGCAAGCAGCACAUCACAAAGAAUAUACAUUUAUACAUUGUUCUUAACAGAAAUAAAAUAUAAAAAAUAAAAUAAAAUAUAAAAAUAAACCCACCAAAACACAAAUUUGUCAUAAUUGUAGCAGAAUGCCCACUAGGAUAUGUUUCUGUUUAAUUGUGCUGCUGCUGCUAUCUGUGUGCAACAAUAAAUAAUUUAAGAUCUGUUAUUGCAGUCACUGGCAGCAGUAUAAGAUAAAUGUGCAUUCAAGAGUCUAGCAUCUGUUAAACAACGAGAGAGAGCAGAGUGUCUGUCUACACACUGGUAUUUCACAAAGUAUGGGUUUACUGUGAUACAUCAGUGUUGAAAUGUCCCUUGGAAUCAGAAUCCCUGAUUUAAUGAGUCCACAGGGAAAUUUUGCAUUGACAAAACAGCGAAGCUACCGCUCUGCUUCAGUGUACGUGCUGUGGUAGUCGUUUAGCCUAUCGUGAAGGCUGAUUUACACAAGAACAAACUGAAAAAUCAGUUCUCUGAGUUUGUGACGCAAGUAUGGUGAAAAUAAAGUACGAUUUAUACCCGUAGGAUUUCUGCUGCUAAAGUUCAUGCUGAGGACGUAUGCAAAUUGCAUGUUUCAUUGGCACAGGUCUUUCCUCCCCACAUAUCAAUAUCAGUGGAGGACUGUGAAUACCAAUGUCAAAGUAAUUUCCUUUUUAAGAAUGUUUUGUUUAAUUCACUGAUUUAGGGAAAUAUGUCUAACCACAGCAAAAGCCAUUUCAGGACAGCAGCCAAUUUUGACCAUGAUUUGGCCAUCUGAGACAAAUUUUGAGAAUCCUAAAAGAUUCCUCUGAUCCUGGGCUAAAAUCUGUAGUCUUUGAAUGCUAGUUUGACAUAUUGACAGAUUGCUGUGCUGUUUAGACUGCAUGCCUUGCUGUCUGUAAAUCUGGAGUCUUGAAGUCCUUGUGGUGUUCCAACGCUAUCUCACGACCAAUUCGUACAUAUUUUACGAGGUGGCUAAUUCGUAUGAAGUCGUACGCCCUCACUCUUACGAAUUCGUACGAUUUGUCUAAACCCCAGUGACGGG